AUGGCUGAAACAGAAGGAAACGCUUCAUUAAAGCGCAAAAUAAACUCCGAGGGGAACUUCGAAGUAUAUGGAUUUGGAUACAAUGGUUUUAAGCAACUAGGUGGGCAUAUUUUUGAAGGUGACCAAGAGCCUCCACAGAACUCUUCUUAUUGUAUUUCCAAGUCGUCAUUAUUAUAUCCCUUGGCUUUGAAUGUCCCCCGUGUUAGUAGUAUAGUGGCAUCCUGGUCUAGCACCGUUUUUGUAAAAGGUAGGUACGCAGUUUUAUUUGGUCGUUUGUCUGGAAAGUGUGUUCCACUAUUUAUAAUAUACCACUCAAGUUUUGAUAAUAAGUCACAUGCGUGUUAUUUUAGUACCCAAGAAACAGCAGUGACCUAUAUACACAGGGCACUGUAGUUUCUUUAUUUAUAGCCAACAGAUUUCUUACUGGGCCGCAAGUUUAACACAACCCCCUUUAAAAUAAUAGUUCAGUCAUCUUUCUUUCAUUUCAAUAAGCUGCUAUAGUCCUAGCCUGCAAAGCGCAGACCUAUUUCCGGUCAUCACUUCUCUCGCAUGGAGGGAGAGAGGGGAGGACCGGGAAUACAUCUGUGCUUCACGGGCUACUAUAGUUCAGCGGCACUAAAAAUAUUAGACUCCCAGGGGUUGAAUAGAGAAGUUGCAGUAGGUUUUUUUUUUCCUUUCUUGGCCGAGUUGUUCAAAGCCAGGUUAAGAAAACCCAGGGUUAGUGCGAGAUUUGAAUUCAGAUUUGAAAGCUUAAAAAGAAUUUCAGUUUUAAUUUUUUUCAUCUGCAAGUUGAUGAUUGAAAGCUCUAAAUAUAACAGAGAAAAUUAUGCGAGAAAAUGUUUUUGAACACAAGAAAGAGAAACCUGGAUUAAAUUUAACCCUAGCUUAAGCACUAAUCAGCCUUCGAACAACUGGGCCCUGGUUUUGUCCUAUAAAAUGCAAAUUCAAGAUGUCAGACCACAGGUAACCCAGGUUCACUGUUUGUUUCACGUACAGGUUUCAUAACAUGAGAAAAUAUGGAGAACAUAUAGGGGCGAAGUUUAAACUUCGCCCCAUAUAUGUCCUCUGUAUUUACUCAUGUUAUGAAACCCAUACGUGACACAAACAGUGAGCCUGGGGUAACUGCGGUGAAAAAUAUGAAACGGCAAACUGAUCCUUACAGCAAGGCAAUGAAGAAGUGAACAAAAGAAUAAAACAAAAAUAUAUAUUUAAACAAAUUGCCUAAUAAUUUUAUUUCGGUUUGAAAACAAACUUUCUUCAGGCGCUAAAAGAAAAAUGGAAAUAAAACUAAAAGUUCGUUACAAAUAAGAAUUUGAAAAAGUGACAAUAAAAACAAUGGACUGUUAUUGGUCUAGGAGACUAGGUGGUAUCAUAUAUCAGUGAGCCUCGUCACGUCUAUUUAUUCAUAGAGGAAAUAAGGUGUUUUAAAUGAGCUUCUCUAACCUUUGUCACUGCAUUACGGUUGCUGUGUAUGAGUUUAAGUGGGAUGAGCAUUUGUCUUCCCUAAAACUAGUUAAACGUCAAUUAUCAUACUGUACACAUCAUUUAUGACAAUCACAAGGUUGAAGUAUAAAAAAUGUUAGGAAAAUAGACUGUUCUUGGAAAUUGUUUGCCUCUUAUGUACCCUGUCUGUGGCAGUGUCAAGUUCAAAGUCCUUUUGAUAACAUUGAUAAUGUUAGCUGAUUAUAGCUGUUACAGGUCAAAAUUAAAUACAGGUUAAAAUUUUUUGACCUAGGUUGAUUCUUAGUUUCCUUUGUCACCUAUCCCUGUUUCAUGAACAGUUAGGGCUAGGAGACAAAGGAAAUUAAGAAUCAACCUAGGUUAAAACAUUUAAACCUGAUUAUAAUUUUGACUUGUAACGUGGCCGGUUUAGCUGUUUGGCAGCAUAGAACUAACAGGUUUAUAAUCAUGUCACCAGAAAAUGAUCUUACACGCUCAAAACGGCACAAACUGAUUGAGACCUUUCCUCACUUUCUCAUACAUUAAGUGCGGCAAAUAUACAUAUUAAAAGCUCUUUAACUCAAAGUGACAGAGCUUGCAUCUAAGUGAGAUCUAUAACUCUGUGACUUGUCUGGACUCAACAGAAUUAAUCUCAAUGUAUACUACAAGAUGUGUCAAAAUAAUUAUCUUUAGUUCUACAUGGUUGCCAGAAUACCAUCUAAUUUCAAAAACUAUAAUCUAUCAUCUAUAAGAAAAUGGAACAGUCCAAACCAUGGGGUGGAUUCCUGGAACAAAAGAAGGAGGUGAAGUAGGGAAUCUCCUCCCAGAUUAUUUUGUCACAGAUGCAUGCUGUAGUUGGAGACAACUUGCAUUUCUGACGAGUGAUGGCAAUUGUGUUCUUUGGAGUGACUACACCAAUGAACAGUCACAUCCAAGAACAUUUGAGGCCGGUAACAGAAAAUUUAUGGCUGCAGGAUGCUUAGAAUCGAGCUGCAUACUUCUAUCAGGCAAGUUUUACUUCACACUUAGAAUAUCAAGGAUAAGGAUCAUUCUCUGAAAUACAUGGAAACAUACAUAUUGUACAGAAAUCAGACUGCCAUCAAUACAAUGUUUUUUGCUCAUUUUAAGUUACCUGGUCAAGUGUCUACCAGUAUAUAUUACUGUAGAUUUUGCCAUGCUUGAUUUUAAUCCCUUAUUACAGAAUAAUUGCAUAUGCUUUUAUCAGUUAACUAACAUCUUGUAGCACCUGAAGGAACUCCUUUGCACAACUCACCUUUUUUUAAUCAGUUCAACCCUGAAUGGCAAUAUUAUUGUUGCGGUAGGUGUGUCCUUUUGAUUGUACAUGUAUUGUACAUUGUACUUCUUCCAUCUGCAAAGUUAUUCCCGUCUCAAAUUAGACAUAUCUGUUGUACAGAUGAUGGCCAAGCUGGUUUUGUAUUACAUGAACAAGACCAGAAUGCCACCAAAGAUUUAAACAAACCAGCUUCAAUGAUCUUUAAACCAAUGGACCUGUUGAAACAGAUGACAUCAAUUGCUUGUGGGAAGGAACAUGCACUGCUUUUGUCUUCAUCAGGGGAAGUUUACAGUCUUGGCAAUGGAAGGUAUGACAGCUAGGGUCUGAAAUUGUCUUUUCAAUACAGGGGCCAUCUGACAAUGUACUGUGUAAUAAAAUUUUUUGGUCGCCAGUUGGCAUAAAGUGGUUGCCAGAAAAUUUCCCCUUUCUUUAAUACCAUAGGAAAGAAAAGAAUGCUUCGUACAUUUUAAAUGCUCUUGUUAAAACAGGCCUACUGUACUCUGGUGAUGGCAUAAUUUUGUGUGUGGGUAUAAACUCUUUGCAGUUGUAUUUGCAGUCACUUGAGAUUGUGGAGAUUCAGUGCGUCUCUUUUUUGUUUUGUUUUGUUUUUUUAAUUUUUAUCCAAGUUAAGCUACUGCAAAUUAUCACUGGUGUAAUAAAUUAAUUAUUUGGUUUUGUUUUUAGAUAUCUUUUACAUACUUUGUUACAAACGACUACAGUAAACACCCGCAUAUCACAACCAUGGUUUUGGGCAUCAGGCUGAUUAAGUUCUGGCAUCUUCUUUCUUAUUUUGUAACUCAACAAGUUUUAUUUUAUCAGGCUGAAUUCUUUGUUAUUUAAUAUACAUGUAUAAUUAUACAUUUAUAUAAUAAAUUAUUAUGGUCAGCUUUUAUUUAUUGGCCAAUUUUCAGCCUGAUGUUCUUAAUCCACUUGCACUUAUAUGGCGGUGUUCACUGUACUUAAUAUAUUUACACACAGUAGAGGACAACUUGGACGUGGUUUAAUCGUUGAAGAGCAAAGUGCUGCAGUUAUUCCAGCCCUGGAGGGAAUCAAGAUUCAGUUUAUAGCUGUAGGUGGUUGGCAUUCUGCAGCAAUAAGUGGUAAGAGUGGAUUUGAAUUCAUUUUCAAAUAUUUUCUGUUCUUUAUUGCAGGAGUUAUUUAUGAUAUCUAUUAUCUCAGUCAGGGAUUACUGGUUGUACCUUAGUAGAGGAGAAUGGUUAUGAAAGGUGGCAAACAUCAAAGAUAGAAAUGCUGCAGUUUAUGUUGGAAGCUCCCUUGAUCUUUUGUUUUCUGUUCACAAAUUGUGACUGAAUGAAUUAAUGCAACAUUUUAAUUGGUCAAUAGGAUUAGCCUUUGAGCAAGCUCUCCGGGGUGGGAUAAGGAAGGAGAGCUUGCAACUACAUCUCUGGAAUUUGAAUUCCACCUCCAAUUCCCCUGUGGCUCCCCAUCAACUGAGCUGUCAGAUUUCUGCCAAUCAGAGCGAAACGAAAAUGAGCGUGAAUGUAUAUGUAAGCAAACAUUGAAAAACACUUGCCAAGGGUAAUGACAUCAUUACCAAUGUCAUCUCUGCCAAUCAGCAUUUUGCAUCAACUAUUUCAAUGCAGAUGGGGUGCAAAUUCCAGAGACCAGUACAUGUACGUAGUUGGAAGCUCUUCUUCCUUUUCCCGCUCCGCUGCCAGAGUGCCCUGGAGAGCUUGCUCACAGGCUACAAUAAUAUCAAAAUGAUAGGGAUGCUAUUGAACGUUGCGCAUCAUCAGGUCCACAAAUGCAAUAACAAAGAGGUCCGACAGACUUCAUAGCCAUUCCACUCUACAGUAUUUACAUGGUUGUACAUGUACAGAAGUCCCACACUCAUGGUUUGGAUUAUUUUAGACUGGGUUUCGACCAUCAGAGAACAUUAUUUUGAAUGGAGUAACAAAUUCUUAUUGUUAGGCUCCCAAUUCCCAUUAUUGUAAUUUGUAUUCUACAUACAUUGAAACAUUUCCUAUCUCUCUGUGUUUUUUUUUUUAGUUUCCUUAAACAUCUAUUUCUAUGAGGAUGACUUGUUUAUGACUAGAGCAAUGGUAUCAAAGCAGCUGUUCAAAUGCAGCUUUUUAGCUUCUGAGAAAACUUAAACUGUUUACAAGUCAAAAUGUUCACUUUAAAGUCUGUUAAGCUAAAUCACCCAGUCUUUCCUCCUUUCCCACCCCACCCUCAAAGUUUUUUAUGGUCGGACCCUUACUGUUACCCCUUACUAUUAAAGGUACUAAGAAAUAAUAAAAUAAGACAAAUCAAAGACAUAAAAAAUAAAUAUCUGAAUAGUAAAUUUGAUCUUCAUCUUCAUCCAGAUCUGUCUGGCAAAAUACAGUAAUGACUGUGUAUGUGAGAUCGGAUCGAUUCCAUGUCUGAAUGUCUCGUAUCACGUUCAGAACUUUUAUCUACAGAUGUUUACAUUCAAGCUUUAGCUACUUUCCUUUGAUUUGUACUGUUUUUAACUAAAAGAGGUCAGGGAAAACUCAAAAAAGUCUGCACACACUGCUUGGGAAAUGUGCUUGCCGUGAAACAGAAUGUCCUGAAAUGACGUCCCAAUCAUUCCCAAAAUGUGAUAUGGAGAGAGAUUGCAUCGUUUGUACCCCACUGGAAGUGAAAUUUCGCGUUUUUGGUUGGUCAGAAAAUAUUUCCUUAUCAGUACACCGUGUUCAGAUUCUAUCAAGCAAAUAAAAAAAUUGUCACAUACACUUGUCUUUACUGCGCUUUUCACAAACAUGCGAAUUCUGAAGUUCAAAAGCCAACUGACGAUUGCUUUUUUCGCUGCCGUCAAUCAUCUUAACGAACCUCUUAGGAAACAAAACUUUACUUUAACGGGUUCAAAAGGUCAAGGUUUGUGAUUUGUGAUUGGUGUAUUUCGAUCCUUUUUGUGUGUUUCUGUGUUUCCAGGUUCGUUGCUUGUGAUCGUAAUUAUGAUUGACGGCAGCGAAAAACGCAAUUGUGAAGGCGGCUUUUGAACUUUAGAGUUCGCAUGUUUGUGAAGAGCGCAGUAAAGGCCCAACACAUGUUUCAUUCACAUUGUGUUUUGUUUAUUGAUCUACUGUUUAAUAGAAAGUGGUGAUCUUUACAUGUGGGGAUGGAACGAGACAGGACAGCUGGGUUUGUCUGUCAAUCAUGAUGACACUGAUGAUGACAGGCAGACAGCAACUAGUGGAAAAGUUCCAUGUCAGACCUUCCCUGUCCCUGUGGACUUUCCUGGUGAUUUAGAUGUUAUGACAGUUAGCUGUGGAUCAAGACACACUGGUGCAAUAGCUGGUACAUCAAGCAAAUAUCAUUUCCAUUUCUUAGUUUUUUUGUGUGUGUGCGUGUGUUUGAAAGGAAUAAUUAUGGGCUAAAAAAAGGGGGACCUGCGAGGGGACGUUUACCUUGCACGUCCAUUUUUUCUUGAGCCCAUAUCCCUGUUAAGCACCUGCUACAUACAGCUGUACCGGCAGUAGGCUAAUUCGAGUAGAAGGUACAGUCGACUCCCGAUAACUCGAACCUUCAAGGGAAAUCGAAAAAAGGUUCGAGUUAUCGGGAGUUCGAAGAAAAUAGUCGAGAGUAAGGUAAAAAACAGUUUUUACUGCACAGUGAACAUUUUUAUCACAUUUAAUUGUAGAAAUGUCAAGUGAAAAUUAAAGGAUACUUCUAGAUUAUAAAUCAGAACGUAACGUAACAAAACAUAACCUAAAUAGAGCAUGCGUUUUACUGUUUUGAGAAGAAAAUUAAGCUGCUUCACCGUAGCCUGUGACAAUCAACGUCAGCCUCCACUAGUAAACUAUACUCCUACAACACGUCAAUGGGAAAUCCAAAAUUCAGUGUUUCGGACGUUAGAAGACGGCUUUUUCCCGAGUUUUUAAGGGCUCAAAGCAUGGUUCGAGUUAUCCAGGGUAAAAUUAUAUAGAAAAUGACCUGACGGGAAACGAAGAUUGGUUCGAGUUAGCGAGAGUUCGAGUUAUCGAGGGUUCGAGUUACCGAGGGUAAAAUUACAGUGAAUGUAUGACGGAAAUCCAGGGGAAAUCGAUUUUGGUUCGAGUUAGCGAGGGUUCGAGUUAUCGGGAGUCGACUGUAUGUACCGUACAGUAUGAUGCUACAACGUUUUUACCCACUUCCUUUUUCUUUUUCAGGUGAUGGAAGUGUAUGGACCUGGGGAUGGGGUAAGAUUUCAUCAGUUUUAUUUUUUACUUCCCUUCCGCUCCCAGAUAAAAGGGAUGCGAUGUUAAUCUCCUAUGAUAAGGAUAUAUUUGAAGUGAAAUUUAGUCUUGAUUUGUUUUUAAAUUCUCCCUUAAGUAGCUUUUACAGACAUUAAAAAGAGGGCCCCAGUCCGCUGAUUGAGAUUCCGCUGGCAAAAGGUCAACUGUCCUUUGUUUAAUGUCGGGUUUGCAUCUUAUAUGCUUUACAAUUCCUAAAGCUACCACUAUCGUCCGUUUGUUACUGCGUCAGUUCUAGCGUAAACUCACACGUUACAUAACAAUACCUAAUAUGCAUACUAUUCCCGCCACUAAGCGUGUCAUGCAUGAAGUCACGCCAUAACACUUUGGUGAUAAACGACCUAGCGGGAAAGCGAACUGAACAUUAGCGAAACGACUCGUUAGAUAAGCGAUGGGUUGCCGUAUUCCAGGGUACGACAAAAGUGCUGUACAACAGCUGGGGGCUUUUGUAGCGACUUGCCAGCCCAGCAUGUUUUAAUUACGAGUUAACUGACGGUCAUCGAGAAGAUAACGUAAAUGUUAGUGGGAAGGGGGUUCGGUAGGCCUGCGCGACUUGUCGGGCUCUUUUUUAAACUUUCUUCUGGUUAUACCUUCCUUAGACGGAGAAUGCUCCUCCAAACCACGCCCCCAUCGCGCCCCCUUACUGCUUCUGCUGUUGCCAGAUAAUUAAAAAAAAGAGUACAUGAAUGGUACAUUUAUGUUCCAGGGCAUUAUGGCCAACUUGGACACGGAGAUACUGUGAGCAAAUAUACGCCAUCUCAAGUCCAGUUCUUUUCCUCAUUAAAACACAAAGCAAAGACGCUGUGUUGUGGGGAUUGGUCGACGUUUGUGAUAACCGCAAAAUGAUCUGCAGCUGUACAUUUUGCUGAGCACUAUAGCGACGUGAGAGUUUUUUGAGGGACAUGCUGUAAAUGCCAGCCAGAUAUGUACCAGUCCACGAGGCAGGGUUUACAUUCAAGAUGCAGG